UAACUGUCCAAUGAGACGCGCCGCUAGCCGGGGCGGGACGCCGCCACGCAAAGCCACCAAAGAGACUGAGACCCACUCAGGAGGCUCGGGCGGUCGGGUCCGUUGUCACUCCGGCUCUCUGCCUCCGCCCGGGUCCUGCAGUGCCCUCAGGGAACCGAGAACCGGGAGGGGGCAUCCCUAGGACCUCCGGGAGAACGUGAUGGACUUAGUGGCCUUCGAGGAUGUGACUGUGAACUUCACCCAGGAGGAGUGGGCGCUGCUGGACACGUCCCAGAGGAACCUCUACAGAGAAGUAGUUAGGGAAAUCUUUACGAACUUGGCCUCUGCGGGAGAAAGGUGGGACCAGGCUAUUGAAGACUGGUACAGAAAUGAGGGCAGAGUCCUAAGCAGCCAUAUUGCGGAGAGACUUAGUGACAGCAAACAAGGUAGCCAUUGUGGAGAAGCCAUCAGCCAAAUUCUUGACCAUGAUGUGAAAAAGAAAAGCUCUCCUGGAGUAAGUCUCUAUGAAUGUAGUGAGUGUGGACUAGCCUUCAUGCCUUGUUCAUCAGGGAAGCCCAGCAGUGCCCACGAGGGACAGGAAGUACGUGACUGCAAAUGCAAGCGAUGUGAGACGGCCUUUUGUAAUUACUCUUUCCAAGUCAAUGGCAGGUCUCACCAUGAAGACAAAGCCUACGGGUGUCUGGAACACGAGAAAGACUUCUUUUCUUUGACUAGCCUUGGUGACUUCAUUAUAGCUCGUACUGAAGGUGGACCCCAUAAAUGUAAUGUGUGUGGAAAAGGUUUGCAUUAUCCCAGCUCACUUAGAAUCCAUGAAAGAAUCCACACAGGAGAGAAGCCCUAUCGGUGUGAACAGUGUGGGAAGGCCUUCAGUUGUUGGGGCUCAGUUCGAAGACAUCAAAGGACCCACACUGGUGAGAAACCCUACCACUGUAAGGAGUGUGGGAAAGCCUUCAGUUCUCUCUCAGGCCUUAAAGGACACAUGAUAAGACACACUGGGGGUGGCCCUUACAAGUGUAAGGAGUGUGGAAAAGUCUUUAACUCACCCAGUGCACUUAGUAAACACGAGAGAACUCACACAGGGGAGAGACCUUUUCUGUGUAAAUACUGUGGGAAAGCGUUCAUUUGCUCCACCUCAGUCCACAAACACGAGAGGACUCACACUGGAGAAAAACCCUAUGAAUGUAAGCGCUGUGGGAAGGCCUUCAUUUCUAAUUCAGGCCUCCAAGGACACAUGAUCAGGCACACCGGGGUUGGGCCUUACAAAUGUAAGUUCUGUGGGAAAGCCUUUGGCUCUCCCAGUGCGGUUCUAAGGCAUGAAAGUGCUCACGUUGUAUAGGAAAAGCCUUCACUUUGAGAACACUUAAGGUCCUGAGAAAAAUCUUUUACUAUCCUAGUACAGGUACAGAAAAUGAUUACUGGAGGGAAACUCAUGUUUAGAGAAUAUGGAUAAGCCAUGGACUGUCAGAUUUUAUGUGGAAGCAUGAAGAGGCUGAAGAAAAACCUUAUAAAUGAAAGAAUAAAACCUG